AUGCCUGGCUUAAACCCAAACUUAGUAAGUCACAGUUUGAAUAUUGAGCUCGAUACAAUUGUGCAGCCAAGGAGGAAUUUCCAUCUCGAAAUUGAAAAGCAAAUCAAGGUGGAGAUCGAAAAGCUGCUGGCUGCUGGAUUCAUCAGGCCAGUCAAGCAUCCAACGUGGUUAGCAAAUAUUGUUCCUGUGAAGAAGAAGACCGGAGUAAUUAGAGUAUGCACGGAUUAUCAAGACCUCAACCGAGCUUGCCCAAAGGAUGAAUUCCCGCUGCCCAAUAUUGAUAUCUUGAUCGAUUCAACCUCGGGUCAAGGCUUGUUGUCAUUCAUGGAUGGGUUUAGUGGCUACAAUCAAAUCAAGAUGUCACCCAGGGAUGCUGAGAAGACAGCCUUUCGAACGCCAUAUGGAAAUUUUUAUUACACGGUCAUGCCAUUCGGCCUUAAGAAUGCUGGCGCCACCUACCAAAGAACCAUGACAGCGGUGUUUCACGACAUGAUGGGAAAGGAAGUCGAGGACUAUGUGGAUGACCAUGUGGUGAAGUCCAAAGCCAGAGAAAGCCAUUGGAAAGUUUUGAGGAAGGUGUUGGAAAGGUGUCAGCUGUACGUACACCAGCGUGGCAUAGACGUGGAUCCCGAGAAGACUAAAGCCAUAAAUUCUCUUGCACCGCCUAGAAACCCAAAGGAAUUGAAAAGCUUCAUGGGAAGAUUGUCGUAUAUUCGACGCUUCAUCCCAGAUCUUGCUACCACUAUGAGUGUUUUUACUCCCUUACUCAAGAAGGGCAAGCCGUACAAAUGGAGUAAGGAAUGCUAG